AUGACGUCAUGGAAACCCGAAAGUAAGGAAAUGUUCUCUAUGAACUUUCAUAGCUCUGUAUCAACUGGGCCAUUAUAUGUAUGUAGUUGUUGUGAUCAAUUGUGGUAUAAACACAGUGUUUCCCCUGCAGACCGUCUAAGGUUAACUAAUCGUGAUAUAUGCAGAUACCUUCAAAAUAAAAAGAGCGUUGACAAUAUUGAGUGGCUCUGUCACACUUGUAAUAACCACUUAAAAAGAGGGAAAGUUCCUCCCUGUGCAAUUGUUAAUGGGAUGAAAUUUCCACAAAAACCCGAUUUCUUUGAUCUGAAUGAACUAGAGUGCCGUCUUGUCGCUCCUCGGUUAGCAUUUCAAAAGAUAUUCCAAGCCCCAAGGGGUGGACAACUGAAGAUUACUGGUAAUGUUGUAAAUGUUCCAGCAGAUGUUAACAGCACAGUUAAUAUGCUUCCUAGGCUGUCAGAUGACACAGGUACUAUUAAAGUUCAACUAAAGCGAAGAUUACAGUACAAAAGUUCUGCACUUUCUUUGAAUAUAAGACCUCACAAAGUUAUGCAAGCAGCUGCUUGGUUGAUUGGUACAAGUCCUUUAUAUCAAGACGAAGGGAUAACUAUCAACGAAAACUGGUUGAGAAGUUUACAAUACUCCGGGAACAAAGCUCCCAAUAUCACUGAAACAUCAAAUGAUGAAGAUGAACAAACUACAUCGAAUUCUCCAGAAGAUGAAUGGACUGAAGAUGUAGCUGAGAUACCAGCAGGUGUAACUGAUAGUAUGUUGACUCCGCCAGAUUUUGUCAAUGAUAGUGAAAGACAGGAGAUUUAUAACUUUGCACCCGGCGAAGGAAACAGACCAUUGAGUGUAUUUAGAGAUCAGUACUCCGAAGAGAUGGCAUAUCCAGGAAUAUUUCUGGGACAAAAAAGACCUGAUGAAAAAAAUAGACUAAGAAGUGUUUACUACAGUGAAAUAUGUAAGUCUGAAUUGAGAAGAUCAGACCGUCGAGCUGCCAUUUGCGUGGAAAAUAUAUUUUUCAAAGCUAAAAAAUUACAAAUGAAACUUUUGAUUGGACAAUCACAAAUUGCUCUGAGAAAAAACAAAAUGGGAAAUCGAACACUUACUGCUGGAGAAUUAAAAACGCAAGAAGGUUUGCAAAGCUUGAUAGACCAUGAUGAUGGUUUCAGAUUCUUGAAAACUUUAAGAGGUUCGCCUCCUUACUUUGAAAAAGCCAAAAAAGACUUGUUUGCCAUGAUUCGCCAGUUAGGACCUGCAUCAUUAUUUUGCAGUUUUUCUUCAGCGGAAACAAAAUGGAAUCAUUUAUUAAGAAUUCUCGGUAAACUAAUUGAUCAGCGGAAUUAUAGUGAUGACGAAUUAAACAAUCUUACAUGGGAGGAGAAAUGUCGACUGAUUCAAAGUGACCCAGUAACAUGUGCGAGACACUUUGAUUUUCAGUUCAAUACUUUCUUAAAAGAUGUGUUAAUGAGUGAACUUGUCCCGAUAGGGAAAAUUAAAGAUUGGUUUUUACCGAGUUGA